AUGUCGUCACAGAAAUCCGGCUCUGCUUCAUCAGAAAAGCAGCACAAAAAAGAGCAACAGCAACAAAAGAAAAAAGAGCAACAACAGCAACAACAGCAGACCAAACAAAUGCAUGUCCAGCCGAGACAACCAAGAAAGUUCACACAAGCUGACCUGAAUCGUCUGGUUUUGGAGUAUUUAAAUAAAAAAGGAUACCAUCAGACGGAGGCAACACUCAGAAUUGAAAGCACAAAAAUAUCCGGACCUCAAACGAUACAACUGACACCAGGAAAUGCAAAUUUCGAGAAGCCAAAGGUUGCAACAUCGAGCAGGUCGAAUCUGCAAUAUCAACAGCAACAAUUUGUUGAGGAACAAAACGAGGCCAAACGGCAUCAAUAUGCCGAGGACCCCAAAAUGUUUGGGAGAGCAUACUCGAUUUUCAGGAACUGGUGUGAGAACUCGUUGGAGAUGUAUCGAUACGAAUUGGAUAAGUUCUUGUAUCCACUUUUCAUGUAUCUUUAUCUUUCGUUGAUUGAAAGACACGAGCCCACCGAGGCUAGAAGCUUCUACGAAAAGUUUAAGGCCGACCACGUUUUACAGCACAGCCAGGAGGUUAAAUCGGUUGGUGGAAUUUCGUUACCGGAGCAUAUUGAGCAGAACCAGAUAGCGAAACUUUUCAAUAUGAACAAAUACAGACUACAUGUUUCAGCAACGUCGAUGAACCUUGUUUUGGGUUUUUUGAAUGAGCAUCAAGGAAUCGGUGGAAGUCUAUUAGUGAGAGAGAUCAACGAUCACAUGGCAAUUGUCACGCAGGUGGAAGUUUCUACCAGAGCUCAAGAUGAGUUGGAUGCGAUUGAAAAGAUGGAAGGAAUUCCGGAGAUAUCUCAGUUGCUAAACAGCAGCAAUGGAUUUUCAACCGAUGACAAUGGCAAGAAGGAACACAACAGUACAAGUUUGGAAUUGCUAAAUAGCAAGACAUUGAAACUUGGCAAACUUCCUAACGACCCGGAGUUUUCAAAGGAGCUUGAAGCUGAACUCAAACAGAGAGAUGAAAAUGAGAAGAAGAGCAAUCCAGAGAGUCCGCAGAAAAAGACUUUGAUGGAUGAAUACAAGGAAAAUUUCAAAACAGAACUCACAGCUGAUGGCUCCCCUAGCAAAGAUGUGCUUCCAUUACCACAGAAGACGGCUCUUGACUUGAAGAAAGAGGUGAUCAAGAUUCAGGAUAGCCGCGCUAAGAUUCAUUUAAGCACGGUCCAGGCUCAUCUUCCGAGUGUCUGCAUGUACACUUUCCACAAUACGAAUGACGAGAUGACGUGUGCCGAAUUUAAUGAUGAUUCAACAAUGGUUGCAGGUGGAUUUCAGGACUCAUUUGUUAAGAUAUGGUCAAUCGACGGCAAACCAAUGAGAUCAGUAUUGAAACACGACAAGUAUAACGAUCCUCCUGAUGGUGCUGGGUAUGCAAAUACACGCCGUCUUAUUGGACAUAGUGGGGCAGUCUACGGCUUGGAUUUUUCACCUGAUGGUCACUACUUGCUAUCAGCAUCCGAGGAUAAAACAGUCAGGAUGUGGUCCUUGGACACAUACACAGCGUUAGUUUCGUACAAAGGACACAAUGCACCAGUGUGGGAUGUGAAGUUUUCUCCUCUCGGUCAUUACUUUGCUACAGCUUCCCAUGACCAAACUGCCAGACUCUGGUCAUGUGACCACAUCUAUCCACUCCGUAUUUUUGCAGGUCAUCUCAAUGAUGUUGAUGUGGUCGAUUUUCAUCCAAACUCAACGUACGUUUUUACGGGAUCGAGCGAUCGAACCGUGAGAAUGUGGGAUAUUGCACGUGGAGAGUCUGUUCGUGUUUUUAUCGGUCAUACAAUGCCGAUUAAUGCACUUGCAUGCUCUCCAGACGGCCGUUGGCUUGCUACCGCGGGAGAAGACUCGAUAAUUAACGUUUUUGACAUUGCCUCAGGAAGAAAAUUGAAGUCUAUGCGUGGACAUGGCCGUAGUUCGAUAUACUCACUAGCAUUCAGCCGUGAUGGAUCUGUUCUUCUUAGUGGUGGCUCUGAUAACAGUAUAAGGGUUUGGGAUAUAAAGCGUGGAACUCUUGACAGAGAUAGUCCAAGACCGGAGAAAUUCACGUACGAGUCAGUGAUAAAUGCGAAAAAUGCUGAUGAGACGACUCGGGUGGAUAAUACUGAUUCAGGUUCCAAAAACGAAAGCAACACUUCAAGGGCAGCCGAAGAGUUGAGGAGGAGAAAAGAAAGCAUGUCUACACCAGACCAACUAGCAGUGUACUUCACGAAAAAGACUCCUGUGUACAAGGUUCACUUUACAAGGAGGAAUCUUUGCUUGGCCGCUGGUGUUUUCAUGGGCUGA